UCGGCCUCCCAAAGUGCUAGGAUUUCUCGUGAGCCACCAUGCCCGGCCAAGUUCUCUUAUUUUUAAAAGAUGCUUUCUAAUUUAAGAGUGUAUCACCUUUAUAUUAUUAAAAAAAUAAUAACACUGACCUCAUAAGUGAUAGCUUCUGAUGAAUUGUUUUUACAGGACUAUAGUCAGAAGUAGUAUGUUAACUUUCUAAAACAAAUUUUAUUGAACAGUUAGGUUGAAUAAAAAGUUUUCAUUGAAUUUUUUAUUAAAUAAGAAGUUUAAUACCAUUAAAUAAUAUAUUCUAUUAUGAGAGGUUCUGCAUAAAUUUACAAAGUCUUCAUUGAAAUCCUGUCUUGUGGGUUAACUCAGUUCUUUUCCCAGGGAGAAUAUACAGGAGGAUGUGUAAAUUUUUUUUUCAGACAAAUUGCAUUGUUACUUUUACCACUGAUGCCUCUUAUGUAACUUUACAGUGUGCCAGAAAUUUUGUGAAAUAGUAGACACAUUAAGCUGCUAGCCUCAGAUGUGUACUGCUCUAUAUUACCCUAGAAAUAAAUCUUUUUAGAAGUGAUUUCUAAUGGAUAUCACUUAGAAGUUAAUGUGAAUGUUAAUAGAUCAUUGUUUAGUGACUAGAAGGUAUGAAAUGAAUCUUUGAGAAACGAAGUAUGAAAUACAAAUAGCUCAUUUACACCUGUGCCAGUUCUCAGUGCAUUAGAUUCCUCUUCUGCAUUUGCCUAGAAUGGUUUAUAUCAUUUAACAAUGUUUAUAGUAGUAACUAGCAUAUUCACUGGAAGUUAAAGCCUGGUAAAUUGCAGAUCGCAGAGUACUUGUCAUUAAGCUUAGCUUCUUCAACCAUGUGCCAAUGUAUCAUAGUGAUUAGGAGCUCAAAUUCUAGACCCAGGAUACCUGAGGUGGAAUCCUCAUUCUGCCAUUUGCUAGUCGUUUGUAGCCCUGGGCAAGUUAUUUAUCUUCUUCCUUUAUGCUUGUUUCCGUGUCUAUUAAAAGGAGAUAAUGGGGGUUUUGUGACGAUUAAAUGAGUUUAUGUGUGUAAAACUCUUAGAAUAAGCAUUUUCAAAUGUCAGUUGUUACUAUUUUCAUAAUCCCCGGUAGCUGAAUAAAGUAAGUUGCUGUUUCUCGGGCUUCACUUUCAUCCUGUAACUUCAAAAGUCAUCACAGCAAAAGGAGUUUCCUAGUGAUAAGUUCUGAAACAUUUUUUUCUCCUUAUUUUCAUUGCUUUCCCUAAAGAGGUUAAGCUGAAUUAACAAGAUUGAUUUUCAAAUUAUUGUCAGGUUUUUUUUUUAAUGAAAGAAAACAUCAUGUUUUUUUCAUUUAUUUACUUAAGCAUUUCCAUGAAGUAUUGGCAAUAUAAACACUGUGGUAUUUUGUUAAUGCAUGAGAACAAAAAGUGGAGCUGUCUAAUCUGUCUUCACUUGAUAAGUGGAAUGAAGCAGAAAAUAAAUGACUCAGAUGGGUGAAAUAGUAAAUUAAAAUUCAGAUUACUGUAUUACAGAGUGAGUAGAUAAGCAAACAUUGGGAUACAGAAUUUUUACUAUUCUAGACAACUAGUAUUAAGACUUUAGUUGAAUUUUAUUAUAUUCACAUCUAUAAUAACUUUGUAGUAUAAAUUAAAUUUCAUUACAUUUACAAUGUGAACACUAUGGCAUUUGAAAAUUAUCUUGUAUUUAGUUAUAUGACUCAAUUAAGUACUAUAACUUGAGAGGUGUAGAAAUUUUUAAUAAAACAUAUCCUGAAUGACUUUCUUUUUCAGAUAAUUCACCAAUUUAGAUUUUACGCAGAAAAUGAAAUUGAAACUUAAAUGUAAUGUCUUUUCUUCCUUAGUCAAAAUACUGUGGGAUCUAGCUAUAAAUGUAUUUGUUUUUGAACAUGAUUGUAUGUGAGGCAAACCUGUUUUCAAAGGUAGUUUGAAUGGCUUACAGAAUUACUAGUAGUAAUUGCCAUUUAUGUAUAUUAAGACUAUAAAGUAGCUUUAUUUCUAUUUAUUUGAUAUUCACAACAACCUUGUAGGUAAAACAGGUAUUAUCAAUUGUGUUUUUACUGAGGAUGAAUCUGAGAUCAGAGAGGCUAAGAGUUUUGUAUGUGUUCUUUUCAAGGAAGAAGCUGAUCAAGGGUUGGAACCCAGGUUUCUCUAUCUAAAUCUAUUGUUUUUUACUGCAUCAAGCAGCCAGUUUCUUCAGUUUUGACUGUUUUAAAGAAGUUAUUCAUAUACGUCUAGAGGAACUGCUCCGUGUUUUAAAGUCUAUAAUGAAUAAACAUCAGAACCUCAAUUCUGUUGAUCUUCAAAAUGCUGCAGAAAUGCUCACUGCAAAAGUGAAAGCUGUGAACUUCACAGAAGUUAAUGAAGAAAACAAAAACGAUGUCUUCCAGGAAGUGUUUUCUUCUAUUGAAACUUUGGCAUUUACCUUUGGAAAUAUCCUUACAAACUUCCUUAUGGGAGAUGUAGGCAAUGAUUCAUUAUUGCGACUGCCUGUUUCUCGAGAAACUAAGUCGUUUGAAAAUGUUUCUGUGGAAUCAGUGGACUCAUCCAGUGAAAAAGGAAAUUUUUCCCCUUUAGAACUAGACAAUGUGCUGUUAAAGAACACUGACUCUAUAGAGUUGGCUUUGUCAUAUGCUAAAACUUGGUCAAAAUAUACUAAGAACAUAGUUUCAUGGGUUGAAAAAAAGCUUAACUUGGAAUUGGAGUCCACUAGAAAUAUGGUCAAGUUGGCAGAGGCAACUAGAACUAACAUUGGAAUUCAGGAGUUCAUGCCACUGCAGUCUCUGUUUACUAAUGCUCUUCUUAAUGAUAUAGAGAGCAGUCAUCUUUUACAACAAACAAUUGCAGCUCUCCAGGCUAACAAAUUUGUACAGCCUCUACUUGGGAGGAAAAAUGAAAUGGAAAAACAAAGGAAAGAAAUAAAAGAACUUUGGAAACAGGAGCAAAAUAAAAUGCUUGAAGCAGAGAAUGCUCUCAAAAAGGCAAAAUUAUUAUGCAUGCAACGUCAAGAUGAAUAUGAGAAAGCAAAGUCUUCCAUGUUUCGUGCAGAAGAGGAGCAUCUGUCUUCAAGUGGUGCAUUAGCAAAAAAUCUCAACAAGCAACUAGAAAAAAAGCGAAGAUUGGAAGAGGAGGCUCUCCAAAAAGUAGAAGAAGCAAGUGAACUUUACAAAGUUUGUGUGACAAAUGUUGAAGAAAGAAGAAAUGAUCUAGAAAAUACCAAAAGAGAAAUUUUAACACAACUCCGGACACUUGUUUUCCAGUGUGAUCUUACCCUUAAAGCUGUAACAGUUAACCUCUUCAACAUGCAGCAUCUGCAGGCUGCUUCCCUUGCAGACAGUUUACAGUCUCUCUGUGAUAGUGCCAAACUCUAUGACCCAGGCCAAGAGUACAGUGAAUUUGUCAAGGCCACAAAUUCAACUGAAGAAGACAAAGUUGAUGGAAAUGUAAAUAAACAUUUAAAUAGUUCCCAAACUUCUGGAUUUGGACCUGCCAACUCUUUAGAGGAUGUUGUACGCCUUCCUGACAGUUCUAAUAAAAUUGAAGAGGACAGAUGCUCUAACAGUGCAGAUAUAACAGGUCCUUCCUUUAUAAGAUCGUGGACAUUUGGGAUGUUUAGUGACUCUGAGAGUACUGGAGGGAGCAGCGAAUCUAGAUCUCUGGAUUCAGAAUCUAUAAGUCCAGGAGACUUUCAUCGAAAACUUCCACGAACACCAUCCAGUGGAACUAUGUCCUCUGCAGAUGAUCUAGAUGAAAGAGAGCCAUCUUCCCCUUCAGAAACUGGACCCAAUUCCCUUGGAACAUUUAAGAAAACAUUGAUGUCAAAGGCAGCUCUCACACACAAGUUUCGCAAAUUGAGAUCCCCCACGAAAUGUAGGGAUUGUGAAGGCAUUGUAGUGUUCCAAGGUGUUGAAUGUGAAGAGUGUCUCCUUGUUUGUCAUCGAAAGUGUUUGGAAAAUUUAGUCAUUAUUUGCGGUCAUCAGAAACUUCCAGGAAAAAUACAAUUAUUUGGAGCAGAAUUCACACAAGUUGCAAAAAAGGAACCAGAUGGUAUCCCUUUUAUACUCAAAAUAUGUGCCUCAGAGAUUGAAAAUAGAGCUUUGUGUCUACAGGGAAUUUAUCGUGUGUGUGGAAACAAAAUAAAGACUGAAAAACUGUGUCAAGCUUUGGAAAAUGGAAUGCACUUGGUAGACAUUUCAGAAUUUAGUUCACAUGAUAUCUGUGACGUCUUGAAAUUAUACCUUCGGCAGCUCCCAGAACCAUUUAUUUUAUUUCGAUUGUACAAGGAAUUUAUAGACCUUGCAAAAGAGAUCCAACAUGUAAAUGAAGAGCAAGAGACAAAAAAGGAUAGUCUUGAAGACAAAAAAUGGCCAAAUAUGUGUAUAGAAAUAAACCGAAUUCUUCUAAAAAUCAAAGACCUUCUAAGACAAUUGCCAGCAUCAAAUUUUAACAGUCUUCAUUUCCUUAUAGUACAUCUAAAGCGGGUAGUAGAUCAUGCAGAAGAAAACAAGAUGAACUCCAAAAACUUGGGGGUAAUAUUUGGACCAAGUCUCAUCAGGCCAAGGCCCACAACUGCUCCUAUCACCAUCUCCUCCCUUGCCGAGUAUUCAAACCAAGCACGAUUGGUGGAGUUCCUCAUUACUCACUCACAGAAGAUCUUCGAUGGGGCCCUACAGCCGCAAGAUGUCAUGUGUAGCACAGGUGUUUUUUCACCUCAGGUUGAUCAAGGCUGUUUUCCAAAGCCUCUGUUAUCACCAGAAGAAAGAGACCCUGAACGUUCCAUGAAGUCACUAUUUUUUCCUUCAAAGGAAGAUAUCCAUACUUCAGAGAGUGAAAGCAAAAUUUUUGAACGAGCUACAUCAUUUGAGGAGUCAGAACGCAAGCAAAAUGCGAUAGAAAAAUGGGAUGCAUGUCUCAGUGACAAAGCACAGUUGCUUCUAGACCAGGAGGUUGAAUCAGCAUCCCAAAAGAUAGAAGAUGGUAAAACCCCUAAGCCACUUUCUCUGAAAUCUGAUAGGUCAUCAACAAACUGUGUGGAGAGGCAUACUCCAAGGACCAAGAUUAGACCUGUAAGUUUGCCUAUAGAUAGACUACUUCUUGCAAGCCCUCCUAAGGAGAGAAAUGGUAGAAAUAAGGGAAAUGUAAAUUUAGACAAGUUUUGCAAGAAUCCUGCCUUUGAAGGAGUUAAUAGAAAAGAUACUGCUACUACUGUUUGUUCCAAAUUUAAUGGCUUUGACCAGCAAACUCUACAAAAAAUUCAGGACAAACAGUAUGAACAAAACAGCCUAACUGCCAAGACUACAAUGAUCAUGCCCAGUGCACUCCAGGAAAAAGGAGUGACAACAAGCCUCCAGAUUAGUGGGGACCAUUCUGUCAAUGCCACUCAGCCCAGUAAGCCAUACACAGAGCCAGUCAGGUCAGUGAGAGAGGCGUCUGAGAGACGGUCUUCGGAUUCCUACCCUCUCGCUCCUGUCAGAGCACCCAGAACACUGCAGCCUCAACAUUGGACAACAUUUUAUAAACCACAUGCUCCCGCCAUCAGUAUCAGGGGGAAUGAGGAGAAGCCAUCCUCACCCUCAGCGGCAGUGCCUCCUGGCACAGCUCACGAUCCCCAGGGUCUCAUGGUGAAGUCAAGGCCGGACCCAGACAAAGCAUCAGCUUGUCCUGGGCAGGCAACUGGUCAACCUAAAGAAGACUCUGAGGAGCUUGGCUUGCCUGAUGUGAAUCCAACAUGUCAGAGACCAAGGCUAAAACGAAUGCAACAGUUUGAAGACCUCGAAGAUGAAAUUCCACAAUUUGUGUAGGGUUGUCAAAUUUCAGGGGUUUAUUGUUGUUGUUAUUGUUGUUGUGUUAUUUUGUGGUAUUGUGCUUAUUUUGUGAAAGAGUGUUUUGACAGGGCCCCUUUUGUAUAGGACUGCCAAAUCAUGGGUUUUGCCUUUUGUUGUUGUGUCGUAUUAUCCUCUGUUGGUAAUACUGAAUGGUAGAAUGUUUUGAUAGGGUCACAUUUGUGCCUCACUGGAAUUAUCUUUAAAUUCUGUAUUUUUGAAGUUGUGGAUAAGAUAGGUGGAUUCAUAUUUUUUAAAGUUCAGUUGACUUUCCCCACCAAAUGGUCCAUUUGAAUGCAUCCCUAAUAUAUGAUAAUAGUUCUCAACUAAUAGGUGCAAUUUGGGAAAAUCAGGUUUAUUUUUUGGAGUGAAACUAUUAUAAGUGCUUAUUUAUAAAAGGAAUGUUUCUGAAUGCAAGUGCCUAAAAAGAUUUUGUUGGUAUGAAUAUGUUUUUUCACAUAACUUUAUACUGCAUCUUUUACAUUUGUGCUUUUUUAAGAUACAUAUGUAAGCUCUUAUUUUUCAAUUGGCAAUUCACUUAAUUUUUAAAUGUUUACAUAAUGGCCAGAAGGCUUGCAAAUCUGUAUUUAAUUGCAUUUUAAUUAAUUGCCAGUUUUUACAUGUGAUAGUCAAUUACAUUGUAUAAAGAAAAUGCACUUAAACCUGUUUCUAAAUUAUAUAGUUCAGUUAUGUUGUAUUUGGCAUUAGAUGGUUUUAAUACAUUUGAUAGUUUUUUCACCCCUUGGCUUUAUUUUAUAUAAACUUUUGUUAUUCAGCAGUUCUGAACUUUUUGGUAUUUUAUAAAUGGUCCAAAAAAUGCGUGUUUCAGAAGUUUUUAAAUUCAGUGCAUUUCCUCUUGAUUUGUCUGGGUUAAAACCAUUCCUUUUGUAUGAAAUGUUUUGACUUAUGAAUCAUUUUAUGUACUUGUUCUACCUGGAUUAUCAACCAUUGAAAGUGUAUAUUCCAUCCAAAUCAAGCUAAAAUUUAUUUAAGUUGAUUCUGAGAGUACAGGUCAGUAAGCCUCAUUAUUUGGAAUUUGAGAGAAAGUAUAGGUGAUUGGAUCUGUUUCAUUUAUUAUAUGUCCAGUUUUUAGGACUAGUACAUUCCUGUUAUUUUCUGGGUUUUAUCAUUUUGUCUAAAAUAGGAUAUAAAAGGGACAAAAAAUAAGUAGACUGUUUUUGUAUGUGUGAAUUAUAUUUCUACUAAAUGUUUUUGUAUGACUGUUAUACUUGAUAAUAUAUAUAUAUAUCAACUUGUUAAAUUAUCUCAAGUUCUCGUGGCUUCUUUUCAAUUGUUCCCUAUUACAGUAUGAGAGUUUAAGGUUAUUAACCAUUGGCUUAGAAGUCAACACCUGGGAUCAUACAUCCCUUGACUACAAUGCGGAAUGAGUUUUAUGGAAACUUGUUUUAUAGUUCUAUGUGAUGUGAAGGUCUAGGGAGCAAUAACCAGCCCUUUUUUUUCCUGAAGCCUUGUUUUUAGUCUUCAUUGUACAAAAUAUAAAAGAAUCAUAUUGCUGUGAAUACCUAAAAAGAAAAUUAGAGCCAAUGUGUAUUGAGCCUUCUCUGUGUGCCAGGAACUUUGCCAAGUUGCUACAUGGAUUAUUUUAUUUCAAGUCCAGAGCAACCUGUAAUGGGUGGGUAAUCAUGUUAUUUUUUCUGUGUUACAGGUAAGGAAACUAAGGCUUAGUUAAAUGACUUGCUUCUGUGUUCCACAGGUGGAGUCAAAUCUCAAACAUAGGGCGGUCAGAUUUUGAUGGUUAGUGCUCUUAAUGACUAUGAUUACUAAAUGAUAUCUGGUAGUUUUUAACAAUAGAAAAUACAACUUUAAAAAUUUUUUAUUGUGGUAAAAUACACGUAACAUUUACCAUUUUUAAGUAUAUUGUUUGAACCAUUUUUCAGCAUAUAGUUCAGUGGCAUUAAGUAUAUUCUCAUUGUUUUGCAACCAUGAGUACCUAUUCAUCUCCAGAACAUUAUCAUCAUCCUAUACUAAAACUUAGAAAAUGUACUUUUAAACUUCUUCAGUUUUCUUUUAAUAUAUGGAGACAACCCAAAGGUUAUAUCCUGUAAUAAACUCACUUCUCUGUUUUCCCUCACAGCU